AUGGAUCUCAAGUCCCAAAUAACCCAAGACCCACUUCAAAUCAUGGCAACCUGGAACUCCACCACUCAUUUCUGCCAGUGGGGUGGCAUCACCUGCGGCCGCAGGCACCAGAGGGUCACUAUCAUCGACCUCCGUUCCUCCCGCCUCUCCGGCAUUAUCUCCCCUUCCAUCGGAAACCUCACCUUCCUCCGACAAAUCUACCUCCAGAACAACUCCUUCGGAGGCGAGAUCCCGCCGGAGAUCGGGCGGCUCAGCAGGCUGGAGUGGCUGAACCUCCGGAACAACUCUCUCGGAGGCCAAAUACCUGCUCAGGUUUUCAACUGCUCAAACCUCGUUCUCUUCACAUUUGCGGGUAACUUGCUGUCAGGGAGAAUUCCUGAUGAGAUUGGGUCGCUGUCCAAGCUGAAAAGAAUCGGGCUUGGAAACAACAGCCUGACGGGUAGCAUCCCUCAGUCUGUAGGGAACAUGUCUUCCUUGGAGGAGCUUUACGCUUACAGAAACCAUCUCGUGGGGAGUCUACCCGAUGGUCUAGGCCAGUUGAGGAAUUUCUCGAUCGUGUCGCUUUACGAUAAUAGCCUUUCGGGACCGAUUCCUGAUUCGACAUUCAACAGUUCGACGCUCAUCGUUGUGGAUUUGGAACUCAACAUGUUGACAGGACAGCUUCCUUCAGGGCUGGGGUCAAGGUUUCUUCCACAGCUUCAGUUCAUCUCCUUGGUGAACAACCGGUUCUCGGGAUCGAUUCCGGCUUCAUUGUCGAACGCCACGGAUUUGGGGACUAUUAGAUUGGGUUCUAAUAUGUUUUCGGGGAGAAUUCCUCCUCUCGAAAAGCUGAACAAGCUCCGAUGGAUGGCGAUCGACUCCAACGAGCUUGGAACAGGAACGGAUGGUGAUCUGGACUUCGUGGCUAGUUUGACUAACAACACUGCUCUGGAGAUUCUCGCUCUAGAUCACAAUAAUUUCGGUGGAAGACUGCCGGACCAGAUUGGGAAUCUUUCGAGGAGGCUGACAUUGAUGUUGGUUAGCAGCAAUCAGAUAUCAGGAGGCAUUCCACCUGGAGUUGAAAAUCUUAUCAACCUGAGACAAUUUGAAGCUCAUAACAAUAACCUCGCAGGCAAUAUUCCUUCGAACAUUGGGAAGCUUCAGAAUUUGGAAGGGUUAAACUUGGCAAACAAUGGUUUCUCAGGGUCCAUUCCAACUUCUCUCGGAAAUUUGACUAGAAUGGUAGAACUUCAUCUUGAGAUGAACAGUCUCCAGGGGCGCAUUCCUGAUGCUUUAGGUAACUGCAAGAGGCUGCUGGCUGCGAAUCUAUCUCAGAACUCUCUUGAAGGUACCAUUCCAACUGAACUUGUUAGCCUGUCUUCCUUGUCAAUCUUCCUCGACUUGUCAGGAAACCGCCUUUCGGGUUCCAUUCCUGUCGAAGUGGGGAACCUGAAGAACCUAGGAAAGCUUAGGCUUUCUCAAAACAGGUUGUCAGGAAGAAUUCCUAACAGCCUUGGAAGUUGUGAAACCUUAGAGGCUCUCUACUUGGACUCCAACUACUUUCAGGGCUCCAUCCCUCAAUCUUUGAGUGCAUUGAGAGGCAUCCAACGGCUGAACCUUUCGCGCAACAACUUCUCCGGCCAGAUUCCUGACUUCUUUCAGAGUUUCAGCUCACUGGAGUCCCUGGAUUUAUCUCACAAUAAUUUCCAAGGCCUGGUACCAACUGAAGGAAUUUUCAGGCGCCAAAACUCAACCUUGAUUGACGGAAAUGGAGAUCUCUGUGGCGGAAUUCCUGAUCUCAGGCUGCCGAAAUGCAUUCAAGAGCGAUCAGGAAAAGCGAAUCAGGUUAAACUGAAGAUCAUAAUCUCCUCAUCAGUCUCCAUCUCUGCCGCAGUAAUCAUUGCUUUCACUUGUUUCUUCAUUUAUCGGAGUAGGAAGAAACAAUCUCGAAAGAUAACAAUGCAUCUUCCCAGCAGUAGAGAAGUCCUUCAGGUUUCUUAUGAGAGGCUCCUGAAAGCCACAGAUGGGUUCUCUUCAGAGAAUCUGAUUGGCAGGGGAGGCUCUGGAUCCGUGUAUAGGGGAACACUAGAUUCCCCAGACGAAACCAAGUCCGAAAUUGCUGUCAAAGUUCUCAACCUCGUCCACCCAAGAGCUUACAAGAGUUUCCUCGCGGAGUGCCAAGCUCUCAGGAAUGCCAGGCAUCGAAAUCUGGUAAAAGUAGUGACAGUGUGCUCGAGCGUGGAUCACCAUGGCGAUGAUUUCAGAGCUCUGGUUUAUGAAUUCAUGGAAAAUGGGAGCUUGGAUGACUGGCUGCAUCAAAAACAAAGGGGUCUGAAUUUGAUGCAGAGGCUGAACAUUGCGAUUGAUAUUGCUUCUGCAAUAGACUAUCUCCAUAACCAAUGUGAAUCCCCGAUUAUUCACUGUGAUCUGAAACCGAGCAACGUUUUGCUAGAUCACCGGAUGACCGUUCGGGUCAGUGACUUCGGGCUGGCAAAGCUUGUCGCAGCAGGGUGCAGAGUUUCUGCAAAUCAAUCCAGCUCUGUUGGAGUCAGGGGAACCAUUGGCUAUGCUCCUCCAGUCAAUGUGGUUGAUGCAGAGUAUGGGAUGGGGAGCGAUGCAUCAACUUACGGCGACGUUUACAGCUAUGGAAUCCUCCUGUUGGAGAUGUUCACAGGGAAGAGCCCUACCGAUACAAUGUUCAAAGAUGGGAUGAGCCUACACAGCCUGGCGGAUUCUAAGUUGGGCUUUCCUGCAGACGGGGUUAUGGAUAUUGUAGACCCGCUUCUCCUGGAAAAGGAAACAAGUUCAGGAGGUUCACUGAACAAGUGUUUGGCUUCAAUUGUUAGAAUUGGAGUCGUUUGUUCAGCGGAAUUACCUUGGCAUCGGCCUGGGAUUAGCUUUGUUGUACAAGAGUUGUGUGUAACUAGGGACAGGAUCCUGGGAGAUAUUAAGAACGUAUUAGGAGUACAGACAGUCAUACCCAUGGCAGAUAACAAACUUUCUUAG